AUGUCGGAGCGCAAGGUCUUGCAAAAGUACUAUCCGCCGGAUUUUGAUCCUUCGGCGAUGAAGCGCCGGCGGACAGGCGGCGGGAAGCAAAAGACAGUGCGUUUGAUGGCACCCUUCAGUAUGCGAUGCAACACGUGUGGCGAAUACAUCUAUCGCGGCAAGAAGUUCAAUGCACGGAAAGAGACAGUGCACAACGACGACUACUAUGGCAUCCCGAUCUAUCGCUUCUAUAUCAAAUGCUCGCAGUGCAGUGCCGAAAUUACAUUCAAGACGGAUCCCAAGAAUGCAGACUACGCGGCAGAACAUGGCGCACAACGUAACUUUGAGCCAUGGCGCGAUAAAGAAGAAGACAAAGUGCCGGAGCCUGUGUCCGACGACGGCGAGGAGAAUAGCGAGGAAGAAGAGCCAGAGAUUGAUCCUAUGAAAGCGCUUGAAAAGCGCAUGGAAGAAUCUCAGCGUGAAAUGGAGGUCAUGGAUGCAUUGCAGGACAUUCGCACACGCAAUGCCCGCUUUGAGCGAAUGGAUACCAGCACAGUCCUGCAAGCCAUUGACGAAGGCAAACGAAAAGCCGCCUCCAUGGCGCCACCAGCAGACGAAGAUACCCAUGAAGAAGACGAGGCACUGGUUCGCAAGUACUUCCGCAAAGAAGUGCCGGAAGGCGAAGAGGAGGCGCGCGUCGUUCGCUCUGCGCUGAGCGAGAACCAUACGCCUGCCCCUGAUGCUGUGAGCCUACUGAGCGAGCGGACAAAGGAGCAGCUGAAAACCAUUCUCCCGCCGCCUGCGUCCGCGAGCACGAAACCAGCCGCGACCGCAGCGAAACGUCGGCGUGGGCCAAAUGCUUUGGGUAUUGUACGUAAGUCGUAA